AUGAGCUGUGGGCAGAUGCCCCUAGAUGGGAGCCAGGAGCUGGUCUCUGGCCUCCCCGUGCCCUCCCCCACCAGGGCCGCCCUCCUGCACACGGCCCACUCCGGCCGCUGCCCGCCUCUCCCGCCCUUGCUGCGUCGAUCUCUGACUCAACUUUGUGUUCUUCUCUUGUCUGUCUCUUUCCCACUUCUGUUUCCUUUGCUUUCAUGGAUUCCUUCCUUUUCCCUCUUUCUGAGCUGUGAAAGUGAGGGGGUCGUGGUUUUUCUUGACCACCGCUCUGCGUCUGGCACCCAGCACCAGAUGUGGCACAAGUGGGCACUCAGUAUCUGUAGAACUAAUCUUUCUCUCCUGUGUCUCUGA